GGCCAACCUCCUGAUGCGGCGGAGAUGGGCAGCCGACCGCGACACCCUUGGUCCCACAGAGGCGCAAGCUUUUCGCUGAGAUGAAAAAAAAAAAAUCAGUUCUUUGCUGCAUAUCAAGAACAUAUUGUAGCAAGAAUGUUGCAUUGGGGCCCACCAUUUUCUCUCACCGCUUUCUAAUACAUAAUGCAGGAUUCACGCUCGCAACCCGCGCUGCCUACGUAAUGACGGACGCUGCUGGGAAGUCCCAGGACACCCCGGUCAAGACCACUAAGACCUUGUCUGCUGACAUUGACAGCCCCCUGAUUCGCUAGACGCGCUUCCAAGUGGACCCAAUCUUCCGGGACGGGCUUCGAAACCCAGCCGGUCCUUCCUUUUCUCUCGAAAACAGCCCCAACCACGGAGGUUUGCCUCUCUAGAUUUUAGCUGCCCAAACCGCUGCAAGUCCGAGCUGUCCAUCACCACAUCUCCAGAGAUCACCAAGACGAGCCCGGGACGGAUUUGUGAGGUCCUGUAGUCCUGUCUUGUCCCCAUCCCGUCCCCCGUCAGUUGAAUACGGCGUAGCAUCCUUGGGUCUUCCGGGUCCAGAAAAUCAAUAGUCCAGGCCUAGAAGACAGAUCGGUAUCAGAUCCCCGGACCCUUCUUCGCUCGGCCUAGAUCAGAUAACCACGGCCUUGGUGGAGCGGUGGAGUAGGCAUCCCACGCAGUUGAUCAUUUGCACUUGGGGGCUCCCCCUAUUCCCCCCCCCCAUGCCCCUUCAUCUGACAAAAUACUCUUUGCUUCGAACCUGCUCACCAUCUUCUUUCUCCCAUCUCGUCGACCUUGCUAGACAACAUCAUCCCACCACGACAGACCAAUUACCCAAUCGCCCAGUGGUGUCACUCUCCACCAUUAUCACCUGCUCCAGCAAUAAGUCGCCCCUCCAACGGUUCCUUCGGAUUCGAAUCCAUAGUGGCGUGCUGGCCUUGUCCCAUCCACGACAGCAGCAGCUCUUAUCAAUCAGUCAAACAGGGCAAUCUCACUCCCCUUAGACUGGCUGCUAGCGCCGCUCGUUUUCUACAUAGACAAAAGACCGAUCUUCGUUCGAUUAAGUUGAGAUUUCAGCCUCUCUCGCUGGACGGCUCGACACUAGCCCACGGCCAUUUCCGUCAUAUGUUGGGGCAUAUUUUCGCUCCCAACACCGAACUCUUCACCUUGCCGUAUUAUAACAGAGCGUAUCCCUUCGCCUGUGACUUACGAUGAUGGCGUUGUCAGAAGCGUCUCCGGUCCCACAAUCUCCGCCACCGAUAGAUACAGCGCAAGCUCCUCGACGAACUGCCCUGCCAACAAGACCUGUCACUUCCAAAGCAGCUGCGAGUAAUUCAGACCGUUCAAAAAUGGAGUCAAAUGGGCAACCAGAUGAAACAUCGGGACCUCAAGACUCGCCACUAUUAUCUCGGGCGACUGCUUUUACUCCCAACCCGCCGAGUCCUCAGUCGAUUGCCCACAGUCCUUCAAGUCAGAGUGUUGCUAGCUCUACUCAAGGUCAUGCCGGCCAGGUUUGCAGUAACUGCGGCACAACACAAACCCCUCUUUGGAGAAGAUCACCACAGGGGGCCACGAUUUGCAAUGCGUGUGGAUUGUAUCUCAAGGCUCGAAACACGCACCGACCGGUUAAUCUGAAGCGUCCCCCAAACGUUAUCCCUAGCACUCGUCAGCCUUCGGCCAAGCUCUCUCCGAAAGCUCAGGUUGCGCUCGCUCCUAGCCCGGCAGCGACAUAUGUCAACGCGGAUCAAGUUUCGAGUGGCACCUGUCCUGGUGGUGGAAAAUGCAAUGGCACUGGCGGUGCUGAAGGGUGCGGUGGUUGCCCGGCGUACAACAACAGGCUGUCAAAGAGCGGCGUCUUGAGAUGUGGUAGCGGUGGAGCAGCUGCGACGAAAGCGUCAACUCCGAGCGGCGGCGACGGGCCAAUUCCCAUUGAUAUCGGCGCGCUUCAUAUCCAGAGUCAGAACACGACUGUUGUGAUUGCGUGCCAGAAUUGCGGGACUACGAUCACUCCUCUUUGGCGGAGGGAUGAGGCUGGGCAUACCAUUUGCAAUGCUUGUGGUCUCUACUACAAACUCCAUGGCGUCCACCGCCCAGUCACCAUGAAGAAAUCCGUCAUCAAGCGUAGGAAAAGAGUCAUCCCCGCCGCCGGUGGCAGCCCAGAAAUGGAGAGUGCCAACCUCGACCGCCCCUACUCGCAGUCGCCAUCACCAGAGGCGCCAAAAGAGCGUGGCACGAUGAACGCCGAUGGGUCUGUCAAUCUGGGCUUUGGCAAGAAGCAACAGCAACAGCAGCAAUCACAAUCGCAACAGCAGGAAUCCUCGUUGAAACUAGUCCCGGAGGAUGUCCUCAUGCAAAAUAGGCAAACCUCCCCGUUACCAUCUAGCGACCUGGCACAGUACCACUCCUCCCAGCCCAGUCAGCAAUCGCAGUCGAAGCCGGAAUCGCUCAACAAUGAGAACAGGUUGGCGCCGAUUAUGUUGAUGAAUAUGGGUGGGGAUCGGCAGACGUCGUUGUCACCAGCAAGUUUCUUGUCACCGUCGAGGAAGAGGUCGUUUUCGGCAACGGAUCCGGAGGGGGAGAGUGGGGAGCAGACGAAGAGGUUAAGUUCGAUCAAGAGUAUUUUGAACCCGACGAUGAUGGGGAGGGGGGAGGGGGAGGAAGGGGGGCCAAGGCAGGAUAGGCUGCCUAGUCCGGGGAGUUUGAUGGGAGCGAGCGAUGCGGAGCAGAAGAAGGCGGAGAGGAGGGCUGUGUUGGCUUUGGAGGCGGAGAGGAUGAGGGAGAUGUUGAAGCAGAAGGAGAGGGAGUUGGCUGAGUUGGAUGGCCGCAUUGUGAACUUGGUGGUGGGUGGUCUUAUGGUCGCUGGCGGUAUCUCCCAGUUCUUCCCCGUUGGCUUCCAGUCGUCGAUUAUCGGCGUCUACGUGAUCCUCUUUGGUCUGGCCACCGCUCUCCUCGAGUUCCAGAUCCCUCCUCAGGUCUCGCGCUACGGAUCUUUCUUGUUCUCGUUCAUUGGUCGUGGUGUUUUCUACAUCUUCAUCGGCACCAUCCUUCUCCACGACGGCACUCUCAGGAUCAUCAUGGGCUCGCUUAUUGGUCUGGCUGGUGCUGCUUACGUCGCUUUGGAGUUCAUCCCCUCGAUCGAACCCCCUGCCAAUAUGCGCGAGGCUGAUGCUGGGUGGGGUGCUGAGCAGGUUUAAGCCUGUUUACCGAGGCGCACCGGUAGAAUUGGCUGGCUGAGUACCUGUUUUCAGCACAGAAGGCGAAUGGGAUAGUUGGUCUCUGUGGGAGUAAUAUACAAGCAAGGGCAACCUUUCUUACAUGUCAAGGAUCGGAAUGGGGACACUCAUGAGGGAUGGCCAAUGGAAGGGGCGGGGGGUUUAUUUCAUUGGAGGUUCAGGAUUACAACUCAGGGACUUGGGACUGAAUGAAUGAUUGAUUGAGCCGGGUUUGAUGAUGAUGGAUGAGUUUUGGGUUGGGUUCAAAUGAAGGCUGUAUGAUAGGGACUACCAUAACCAAAAGGCGGUGGACAGCUAUAGCGCGGGUUUCAGGGAAGAUGGCAGGUUGGGAAUGUGACCCUGGUUAAUGGAUGGUUUUCUGCGA